CUUAUUAAAUAGGCACUAUGAUAGUUUUAGCGUUGAUCAUUGCAAGCUUAUUGCAACCCAUUCGUACAGCGCUGCAAGAAGACCCUCCGGAACCUGAGGAUUUGUUGCUAGUCAACGGAUUGCAGUAUGACUUCAGCCUGGCAAAAAGCCAACGGGAAUGCGUCGCACCCAUUGGCUUGGAAAGAAAAAUAGAGUUUGACAACUCCUUUUCCGCUUCAAGUUAUUCGCGGACAGAUCGGCAACCGUCUGCUGCAAGAUUAAAUAGUGCUACUGGCUGGCAGCCGAAGACUUCAGACCCUGACCAGUCGCAAUGGCUCGCAUUGGACUUGAUGAAGGUCUACAAGAUCACGGGAGUUGCUAUCCAGGCAGGCAACUGGCAAGACGACUCGUCUUCGGGAACAUUUGGAAAUUGGGUGACCAGGUACAGGGUGCAGUACAGUGACUCAAAUGGACCCAACGACUUUGUGGAUUACACGCUGGAUGGAGCUGUCCAGCACUUUGACGGCAACCAUCACCAGUUCAACACUGUGAAGCAGUCGCUCCGCAUCCCCAUCGUGUCCCGCUACAUCAGAAUAAUCCCGGAGGCCUGGAACAGAGAGAUCGGACUGCGAGUGGAGUUGUAUGGAUGCGACUACCCUCUGGACAUGAUCAGUUUCACUGGAAAAGAAGUGCUUCGGAUGAACACGAACGACCAAGAUCGACCGAGUGUGUACUAUGACUCAUUCAGGGGAUUCGUCAGUCUUAGAUUCAGAACCAGCAGGCCCAGUGGACUCCUCGUACACGGAGUAGGAUCAACCGGCGACUACUUUGGAAUCGAACUCAAUAUGGGAAAGAUAGUUGUCAAUAUCAACCUGGGCUCGAGUGCGAGGAUAGAUGGGAAAACUAUGGUCAAAGUGGGCAACUCUCUGUAUGACUCGCAGUGGCACUGGCUCAAUGUCUCCAGAGUAGGCAGAGGAUUGACUGUCAGUCUAGACGGAUACGCGACUUUCGCCAUGAUUAAGGGGAGUUUCGAGAACUUGAAUAUCGAUACGCGACUGACCUUCGGGGGCACUGAUCGGUUCACACUACCCGGAAUAGGAGUCUCUAUGAUGUUCAAAGGGUGUGUGGAGAAUCUGAAUGUGAACGGCUAUCAGGUCAUUUCAGAAGUGCAGCGAAAACAGAAUGCCGCUUUCGGCAUGAAAGGAUUCCUGUAUUCAACUUGUCGCGAAGAUGGUGCUAUCCCUGUGACGUUUGAAGACUACGAUAGCAUGUUGUACAUUGAGGGGGCUCAGUUUUCCCGCCGAGGAGGGGAAACUUACUUGGCAGAUCUGAGCAGAAAUCGAGAGAAACUGCAGCCGUUCCUUGUGGUUGAGUUUGCAUUCCGCACGUGGGAGGAGACAGGACUGAUUCUCUACAAUGGAUACUCGGAGGGAUACCUGCAGAUCGGACUCUAUCAGGGACUCCUCCAAGUUCUCAUCUACAUCAGAAACGACGACACUCCUUACAGACCUGCACGCAUCGGAUACUCGAAUCUAAACGACGGCGCGUGGCACCAGACCAGGCUGGAGUUCAGCGAGAACUUCAUUGUGGUCAUCAUAGACGAGGAGGUGUUCGCAGUGAACAGACUCUUCCCCGAGUUCACCCCCUCCAGGGACUACCACUUCGGGGGAUACUUCGAGAAGGGCACUGGGGAUGAGAAACUGAAGCCAGACAUGUGGGGCUUCAUAGGGUGUCUGAAGUCACUGCAAGUGAAUGGACAGAAAGUUUCACUCCAACGACUACUCUUGGGAGAUCAGAGUCUACCUUCAGGUGGUCGGGUGCGUGCGAUCGGGAAGCCUAAGAUGGACCAGUGUCCCAUAGUGGACAGGUGCACCCCCAACCCCUGCUUCCAUGGGGGCAUCUGCUUCCAGUCCUGGUUCGACUUCAUCUGCGACUGUACACUCACCCUGUACGACAACGACAGACUGUGUUAUUCGUCCACUUUCCUGCCCUCGUGUGAGGCGUAUGAGUUCUUGAACGAGACAGCCAGUGGGGACAGGUACAUUGACGUGGACGGUGCUGGACCCAUCCCUCCCUACCUAGUGGACUGUGACAUUGGGGGCACAGUCACGGCACAGAACAACGACAUUGCCAGACUGCCCAUGCAGUAUCUUCACAAGUUGUCCUUCUUCUACAAAACAGAUGACAGUACAUUCUCAGUGGUGACGAUUGUGAAAGUUAACGAUGCACAUAGAGCCAUAGUGAACAUCCCAGCUGUGAGUGAACCAGGGGGGUACACGUACAACAUCGGCUACGGAGCCACCGACAUCAACCAUCUGGGAUACUUAGCUGACAUGUCCAACACUUGCAUGCAGUACAUACAUGCAAGGUGCUACAACGGGGCCAAGCUGCUCAACUCGCCCUCCAACUCUCCCCCGUACGCGUGGUGGGUGUCGAGACAGGGCUACCGGAUGGUGAACUGGGGCAAUGCCACUGCUCACUCUGGCAAGUGUGGAUGUGCCAUGACUCCCGGACAGCAGUGUGUGAGGAGCGAGUACUACUGCAACUGUGAUGCUCCUCCAGACUUGAACCAGGAUGAUUAUCAAGUGGACGACAGGGGGUACCUGAUGGAGAAGGAGUACCUACCCCUGAGACAGGUGAAAGGGGGAGGCACAAAUGGGAGAAGGAACACAGACAAGGCUCUAGGAUUCCUGAUAGGACACAUGUUCUGUGCAGGAGACAAGCGUAUGCAGAACCAAGCCUCGUUCAGAGACCAGCGGGCGUCCAUGUUUUUCCCGGCAGUGGAUGCGACAUACGCCGUAGAUGUCUCUUUCUACUUCAAGACCAGAAGGGACAAGGGAGUGUUCAUGGUGUUCACUGGCAGUGACAAAGGCAGGCGAUUUAAUUAUCCCAGAUUGAGAGACAGAGAUGGGAACAACUUCUACCUUCCGAGAAGUAACACCGAUGAAUUCAAAAUCAGUCUCGUCAAGAGCGACCAGACAGCCGACAGUAUAAUAGAGCUCUCUUACCACAAUGGCUUCCGUCGCCAUGUCUACCGCUUCUUCAAGCCCAGCGAGAGAAGGGUGCUCAAUGAUGGCAUGUGGCACUAUAUUCAUGUGACAUACACCAUCAAGGACGUCAAAGUCAGAAUUGACAACCUGUUCUUCGCCCCUACGGAAUCAAAUGAAGAAUUGUACGUUGAUAUGUACGACAACGAUUUCAACUACGAUCCUUUGCUCAUCAAAUCAGAAAGAGACGAACGAUUGUUCCUAAACGAUCAAAUUCUUGUGGGAGCCGAUACUGGUCAAGUGAACGGAUUUGUGGGUUGCAUGCGAGCCCUGAUGAUCAACGGGAACCUGCUGGAUCUGUAUGGCCAUGCCAAAUACGAACCAGGCUUCCUCACCUUCCCAGGGUGUGUGGGACCAUGUGACUUCCGGAACCCGUGUCAGAAUAACGGCAUCUGCUUCGAGUACUGGUGGAAGUUCAGCUGCGACUGCAGAGAGUCCGCCUUUGGGGGAAAGAUUUGCACCGAAGAAAUUGGGACGUACUACGAUGGUUCUGACGUCACAGUAUGGAACAUCCCCUCCUCUCUGAGACAGAAGAGCAUGGCCACAGACACCAUCACCUUCGGAUUCAUGACUGACAAGCCCCAGGGAACUAUCUUCCUCCUAGAGAGUGAGAAUGGACAGAACUCAAUACACGCAUUCAUGAGUGGAGACGGUCUAAUGGUGCGAUUUGACUACAGUGGUUUGUACAGGGAGUUGCAAGACAGGAACACCUACACGGAUAAUAAGUUCCACAGUGUCGUCAUCAAGAGGGACACCAAAAUCACAAUGCAGGUGGACAACUACCCGACAGUGGUGCUGGACAAUGUGGGAUCUGUGCCGGGAAUGACCAAUCCCACCAGGUUCUACGUGGGAAACGACGCCAAGGGCAAGAACUCUGGAGGCUUUAUCGGCUGUGUGUCGCGUCUGCGCGUCAACCACCUGGUACCUCUCAGGGCCACGGAAGGUCUGGACAGGAGUGGAGGGGGACAGACUGGAAACUGUGGACAACUGUCCCCCAUGAUCGACCCCUUCUGGAAGCCAGACUUCUUCCCAAACUGGCCAAAUGACACUUACAUGUUGCCUUUGGGAGCCAUCAGAGAUGACAGGUUGCACGACAUCAAUGCAAACGUCGGAAUCGGUUUGGGCAUCGUGGGCGUCAUCGCUCUACUUAUCAUAGCAGUAGUGGCCAUUAAACAUUUCAUGCGCAAGGGGUCAUACAGGACAGAUGAAGACGCAGGUGCAUACAACACACACGAUGCAAGCGAAGCCCUUACUUUACACACGGGCAGAUACCCAAUCGUCACAACUAAGGAGGAGAUUUUCUUGUGAGGGGGAUCUUUUUUGUGAGGAGAUUUCGUGGGAUGAAUUCUGCCUGAGAGGACAGUGGCUCGUGGAAGGAUUAUAUCUCGUGACGUUGAGUGUCUUCAAUUGAAUCAAAAAGACUGUACAUUUAGUUAAACAGCAACUGCCUCCUGUAUUUUUUUUUGAAAUGAAGCUGAAUGACUUUUUUUAUUGUUACUGCUAAUUUUUUUUUACAAUAAACAAGAUUAAAGUAAUUGUUUACGAAUGGUUACUGAUGGAUCCGCUGCUUUGAAACAUAGAUAUAGAUUUUGUACUCGGAAUCAUAUCAUAAAAUGAAAUAUUGUGAAAGCCAAGAUAAGCAAGGGAUCUAGUUUUGUCUAAUGGUUUCUUGAUAUGUCAAGACCGUCAACGAACAAUUAUAAUUUUAAAAAAAAAACGAAUAGUUUUUCGAAAUUAACCCAUAAGAGAUAUGCGUUGUUAUUAUUGAUUGUUUUUUGAACGUCUUGAUCUGUCAGCUACAUCAAAGUUGCCGCCCUCAAAUUAGUUUUAGGUUGCGUUUCAUAAGUUUUAAAAACAAUUUCUAUGUAUAUUUCAAACUCUGGUUUCUCUCAUAACUAAGCUGGUGUUUAUAAUUUUAAAUUUUAUUUUAUUUUUUACAGUUUGCUUACUUGUUUGUUGAAGCUAACUUCUAUUGAUGUAAAUAGCGUUUAUUUUUCACUCGUUCUUAUAAACUAGAUUUGUAAAUUUGAAAUCCAAGUUGCUGUGGAAAAAAGAUUGAAACCUAGCUUUAGUGUUAGCCAUGAACCUCUGCGAUCUUAACUCAGUUCAUCAUUUUUUGCAAUAUUCUUUCGAAACACGGAGAGAAAAAGCUUAAUUGCUUUUAGUUUUAUCUAAAUAAAGUAAUAGCUCUUGGGUAUUUUGAUUAG